CUGUCCUGCAAUUGACAAUGAAAGUAAGAGCAAAUAGGAGCUGAAUGAGCUCAUGAUGUGAAUCAGAUGACACAAUCCACCAAGGGUAGAUGAUAUAUGGUGAUAACAUGGCUUGACAAAAACAGUUCCGUCGCCCGUUGGUGUUGCAAUCACUCCUACACCAUCUUCUUCCUCUAAUCAAACCUUAGUGUUUCACCAGUUGACAUUGUUUGCACUUAACUUCGUCAGCAAUGGAGGUUCAAGCUAUCUUCUGUGGAUUUAAAAUAUCCACUUACAGAACCCGAGCCCCUAAUCUGAUUUGGUCCAGAGUAAAUCCGAUUCCUCCGCUCACUCGCGUGCAGGUCGUACACUGUCAUAGGCUUUCCAUUUUAACCCCUCCGCUGGCCCAUCUCCGUCGCUGCACCGCCUGUUGCUCCUCCUACAGCCAUCACGACCACGGCGGCCACCAGCAGCAGCAGAACGGGCAUAUCCAUGAUCAUAACCAACACCACCAUCAUGGUCCCAAUGAGUGUGAUGUGCAGCUGACAAGACCCCAACAGAUUCUUCUAAAAUUCGCAGACGCGACUAGGUGGACUCACCUAUCUAAUUUUUUGCGGGAGAAUUUGGAACUCUGUUGCUUCGCCGCCGUUUUGUUUAUUGCCGCGGCGGCUUGUCCCUGCGUGCUACCCAAACCGAUUGUGAAGCCUUUCCAGCAUGCUUUCGCUGCCAUUGCCUUCCCUCUUGUCGGGAUCUCAGCUUCCCUUGAUGCCCUAAUGGACAUCGCUGGUUGGAAAAUUAAUAUCCACGUGCUGAUGGCCCUUGCAGCAUUUGCUUCGCUUUUCAUGGGGAACCCAUUGGAAGGUGGAUUGCUUCUAGCCAUGUUUAAUUUGUCUCAUAUAGCUGAAGAGGCCUUCACUCGCCGUGCCAAGAUUGAUGUAAAGGAAUUGAAAGAAAAUCAUCCAGAGUUUGCUUUAAUGCUUGAUGCAAAUAAUGAGAGCCCACCAAGUUUCUCAAACAUAACAUAUCAUGAAGUCCCUGUUAGCUACCUGAAAGUUGAUUCACUGAUAUUGGUUAAAGCUGGCGAGUCCGUGCCUGUGGAUUGUGAAGUUUUAAAAGGUAGCUCGACGAUCACAGUUGAGCAUUUAACUGGUGAGGUCAAACCUUUAGAAAAGAAUGUUGGCGAUAGCAUUCCUGGGGGAGCGAGGAACCUAGAUGGCAUGUUGAUAGUGAAGGCGAAGAAGACAUGGAAAGAGUCUACACUAAACAGGAUUGUGCAGCUGACUGAAGAAGCUCAGUUAAGUAAACCAAAACUACAGAGAUGGCUUGAUAAAUUUGGAGAGCAGUACAGUACGGCUGUGGUACUCCUAUCCUUUUCAGUUGCUGUUAUUGGACCUUUUCUUUUCAGGUGGCCCCUCAUUGGUACCUCAGCUAGCAGAGGAUCAGUUUACAGAGCACUCGGGCUUAUGGUAGCUGCAUCACCAUGUGCAUUAGCUGUGGCUCCAUUGGCAUAUGUGACAGCUAUCAGUGCUUGUGCUAGAAAGGGAAUAUUACUCAAAGGUGGGGAAGUUCUUGAUGCCCUAGCUUCUUGCCACAACAUUGCCUUUGACAAAACUGGUACAUUGACAACUGGGGAUUUUAUGUGUAAAGCAAUUGAACCAAUUCAUGGGCACAUGAACAGGCAAGAUAAACAAUUUGGCUGCUGUGAACCCACUUGUGAGACAGAAGCCCUUGCUGUUGCAGCUGCUAUGGAGAAGGGCACCACUCAUCCAAUUGGAAGAGCGUUUUUAGAUCUUAGCGCAGACAAAGAUCUUCCUUCCAUUUCUGUUGAAAGUUUUGAAAAUCUACCUGGUAAAGGCGUCUUUGCAACAUUAUCUAGCUCUGAGGCAGGACUUGUUGUAGGAAGAAAGUCAUUGAAUGCCUCACUUGGUUCUAUAGAAUAUAUCACUUCACUUUACCAGUCUGAAGAUGACUCAAGUAAGAUUAAGGAGGCUGUAAGGACCUCUAUAUAUGGAUUAGAUUUUGUUCGUGCUGCUCUUUCUGUUAACAAUGAAAAGGUUACACUUUUCCACUUUGAAGACAAGCCUCGACCAGGGGUUCCAGAUGUCAUAUGCACAUUACAAAAUCAAGGAAAACUGCGUGUAAUGAUGUUAACAGGUGACCAUGAAGCAAGUGCAUGGAGGGUUGCAAAUGCUGCGGGCAUCAGAGAAGUUUACUGCAGCCUUAAACCUGAAGAUAAGCUAUAUCAUGUGACAAGAAUAUCCAGAGAAUCUGGUGGGCUUAUAAUGGUAGGUGAUGGUAUCAAUGAUGCCCCUGCUCUUGCUGCUGCUACCGUGGGCAUCGUAUUAGCUGAGCGAGCCAGUGCAUCAGCUAUAGCUGCUGCAGAUGUUAUGUUAUUACAAGACAACAUUUCAGGUGUUCCAUUCUGUGUCGCCAAAUCUCGGCAAACAACAUCCCUGAUUAAGCAGAAUGUGGCUCUUGCAUUGUGUAGUAUUGCCUUUGCCUCUCUUACUUCAGUUAUGGGUUAUCUCCCCCUGUGGCUAACGGUGCUUUUGCAUGAGGGCGGAACACUUCUUGUAUGUUUAAAC